AUUCGAGUCGAUCGCCGGAGUGGCUCGCGCCUCUCGCGAGGCCCGUGUCUCGCUCUCGUUUCGUCGUCGUUUCCUCCUCCUCCUCCUCCCCCCAUCUCCCCUCCCCCCCCCUCGCUCCAAAUGCGUCGUCCGAGCACGCGGUCGAGCACGCGCCGACCCGAGAUGCGCCACCAGGUAUUUAUGUAGUACCGACCACCGCCGCCUCCGAGCGUCGCACACUCGCCACCCUCGGCGUCUUCCGUCGUCACGUCGGAAGGGAGGAAGCGCGUCCACCCCGGCAUUCAUCGAGGAAGACUCGUCGUCGUCGUCGUCGCCGCCAGCGAGCGAGAAGGUGAGGAAAGGAGCAGAGGAGUGGAACGAUUCCGACGGUCGGAGACGGAAGUGUCGAACCGCCGACGGCGAUGGAUCAGAAACGCGUGUACAAGCUGGUGCUGACCGGAGGACCAUGCGGCGGCAAGACGACCGGACAGACCAGGCUGUGCACAUUCUUCGAGAACAUGGGCUGGAAGGUGUUCCGUGUCCCCGAGACAGCGACCGUGCUGCUCAGUGGCGGCAUCAAGUUUUCAGACCUGAACGCGGAGGAGGCGUUCAAAUUUCAGGAAAAUCUUUUGCGCACGAUGAUACAAAUCGAGAACACGUUCUUUCAACUGGGUGAGAGCUGUUCGAGGAAUUGCCUGAUCAUCUGUGAUCGCGGUGCGAUGGACGCCUCCGCCUUCAUUUCGAAGGAUAAGUGGGAGCUUAUGAUGGCCUCAAACGGAUGGAACAACGUCGAACUGAGGGACAACAGGUACAACCAGAUUAUCCACAUGAUUUCGGCGGCGAACGGCGCCGAGGAGUUUUACUCCACGGAGGAACACGCGUGCCGCUCCGAGGGCGUCGAGCUCGCUCGCGAGCUCGACUACAAGGCCGCGGCUGCCUGGGUGGGCCACCCGUACUUCGACGUUAUCGACAAUUCGCAGGAUUUCGAGACCAAGAUCUGCCGGAUGAUCGAGUGCGUGUGCCAGAAACUGGGCAUCGACACCGGCGACCGGUUGCUCGCCAGCAGCCGCAAGGUCAAGUUCCUUGUGAAGGCGCCGCUGCCAGCGGACGGCGAAUUCCCGCCUUUCCAGGACUUCGACGUCGUGCAUAAUUACCUCCAGAGCAACCAUCCCAAGAUGCAGGCUCGUCUACGCAAGCGCGGCCAGAAAGGUCACUGGUCGUAUAUCCAUACGAUUCGCCGACCGAAGAUGUGCGGCCAAGUGAUCGAGGUGAAGACCCAACUGACGCACCGAGACUACCUGAACAUGUUGGCCCAGCGCGACGAUUCGCACUUCACUAUCUUCAAGCGUCGCCGUUGCUUUCUCAUCAACAAUCAGUAUUUCCAGUUAGACAUAUACAGAGAACCGGCGCAUCCCAGAUGUCGAGGUUUGAUGCUGCUCGAGACUUACACGGCGUUGACGGGUGAGGAGCUGAAAAACACUCUGCCUCAAUUCCUGACGAUCGAGAAGGAGGUCACCGGCAACCCGGAUUACAGCAUGUUCAACCUCAGCUUACGCGAAGAAUGGAACAGCACCAAUAAAUACUGCCACAAUUUGCACGGCAUCAUGCAAUUGGCAGAGAAUCAAGGUAUUCCGACUUCGAAGAAUCUACUGACCGAGGUGCAAAGUAACGGUCUCGAUUGCAAAACCAGCAGCGCAUUGGGUUCAAUUACAAGUCGUCAGCAAGCGAUCAUCAACAAGAGCAUCAAUGGCACCCAAAACGGUCUGACGAACGGUAAAGCGACGUUCGCCGAGCGAUGUAAUAUAAACAGCGAUGGCCAAGAGCCGGAAAUUCGCAACGGUGAUUCAACCAUGAGGCCGGACGAGAGUUUACGAGAGUUGAAGGUAGAACCGCAAAAGAACGGAUUUGGUAAUAGGUUCUAAUGGGUGGGACAUGCGAAAAGUCAAGGAACAAUAAAGUCUCUUAAUAAUAAGCAAUUCGCGAACGAGUCCGAGCUGUAGCAGGGACUUAAACUUUAUCAGUAUCGGCGCGAAUUAUCUGAAUUAAUAUUGAGUGAACAACAACUACUAACGCGAUAGACUUCUAAAAUUUCAAACAGAUAAUAUCUAUUUUUUAAUCAAACUUGCGUGUCGUACUUAAGAAAUUUUCGUGGAGGGUCUUACGACCAGUUUCGUCAACGUCGAUUAGACUUGGAUCAGAAUCAGGAUCCAGCAUAAAUUUUUUGAAAAUUUACGACGAAAUUUUCACGAAAUUUCAGAAAGUCUCGAGAAAGAGAGAGAAA